AUUUGCUUACAUCUGCUACUUUGAUUAUACAUUAUUAUAUAAUAUUAUGUAUUAUAUAAUUAAUAGAUGAAGUGCCGUGAUUACUUUAUGCUGGAUAAACCUUCAACAUACAUAUACGGAUAUAGCUACAAAGGCAGAAAAUGAAAGGGAUUCUUUUGCUGUUACUGACUAUUUUAGUUGCACUUUGUAUGAUUGAUAAAUGUGACGGACAUAGGUGGCGGUGGAGACGAUAUUGGCGACGAGGACUAACAAUACAGGGACGUCCAAACUAUGCCACACUCAAUACAGAGAGCAAAAGAGCGACUUUGAACGAUGAUAUUCAAGAUGAAGACAUCGAGAAUGUGGACUCAGAAGACAGACAUUUAGAUACACGAUAUGUCGAUAUGAAUGAUGAGGAUGUUAUGGAUGAUAUCGAUGAGCGUUACGUAAAUGAUCCACAGGAAGACAACUGAUAGAAACACUGAUGUCGUCAUACUCCUCCAAAUGCAUUAAAAUGAAUUAAAAAAUUAAGCAACGUC